AAGGCAAACCCGGCGCUGGCGCUGCAGGUCGCCGCCAACCCGCUGCUGGCCAGCCGAAUGCUGCAGCACGCCCAGGCGGGACAGGCCUUCACCCAUACGCCCGUGCAGACCAUCAACCCCGACGUUCAGGACUUGGCCGACCACUUCGGACUCGACGAGCGGAUCACCAAGCAGCUGAACGACGAGAUGGUGAAGCGGAAAGACACCCACGACGGUGACAUGCACGCGUUGUGGGACAUUCUGGAGACCGCGCGCGUGCCCGCUGGGCUGCUGUCGGUGAAGAUUAAGGAGAUGCAGAACGGCGUGUUCGUGGGCCAGCCGAAGAUCGACAAGGACGUCAAGGAGAUGCAGAAGAUGUACAAUCUCGACGACCAGGCGACGCGGAAGCUGGCGGAGGUCCUGCACGGCAGGGCCGCCACUCGCAAGGAUGACGUCGAGCAGCUGCACAGGCACCUCGAGACGUCCAACAAGCCUUCGUCGAGGGUUAUGAUGAUGCUCGGGAAGCUGAGGUCUGGCGAGUCGCUGGGGGAGCCGGACAAGAGAGUUGCGCCAGGCAGCUGGCUCGACCGGCAGGAGCGGGAGAAGGAGCGCGAGAAGGAGCGGCGCGACAAGGACAGGGACCGGGGCAGGAGUAGGGACCGGGCGCCCAAGAGGGCCGGCUCCCGGAGCCGGGAACGCAAGCGGUCGCGGACGAGGAGCCGCCGGCGCUGAA